UACUUUAAUAAUACAGUUGAAAAGUGGAUCACUUCUGAAAUGACCAUCACGUACACUCGACAUGUGGCUAAUGCACGUCUCGGGACAUUUUCUCGACUGUUGCUUCACUGGAGAGGAAGCAUCUACAAGCUGCUAUAUCGUGAACUUCUUAUCUUUAUCACCCUCUACUGCAUCCUCAGUGCUUUCUAUAGGGUAAUUUUGUCAGAAGAGCAGAAGAGAAUGUUUGAAAAACUUUCCAUUUACUGCAACCAGUAUGCAGAACUUAUUCCAGUCUCCUUUGUCUUAGGCUUCUAUGUGACGUUGGUGGUGUCACGUUGGUGGAAUCAGUAUGAAAGCGUGCCCUGGCCUGACCGUCUUAGCUGCUUGGUGGCCUGCCACGUUGGAGGCACGAAUGAGGCUGGUCGGAUUCUCAGACGAACUCUGAUGCGAUAUGCCAAUCUGUCAGCUGUACUGAUAUUCCGCUCUAUCAGCACUGCAGUAUACAAACGCUUCCCCACUAUGGAGCAUGUUGUUCAUGCAGGUUUCAUGACUUCUGAUGAAUACAAGCAACUUGAAAGUCUGCCUUGUUCCCAUAAUAAGUUUUGGGUCCCAUGUGUCUGGUUUGUAAGCCUAGCAAUGACGGCAAGGCACAAUGGUGACAUCGUCAAUGAUGUAGCCCUUCAAGCUAUUCUCAGUGAGCUUAACAGCUUGCGGGACCAAUGUGGGAAGCUGUACAGUUAUGAUUGGAUCAGUAUCCCACUGGUCUACACUCAGGUUGUGACUAUGGCUGUAUACAGCUUCUUCCUUGCCUCUUUGAUUGGUCGCCAAUUUUUGGAUCCUACCCAGGGUUAUCCAGGCCAUGAAUUGGACCUGUUUAUCCCAGUUUUCACUCUCUUGCAGUUUUUCUUCUAUGCUGGCUGGCUAAAGGUGGCAGAACAGUUGAUUAACCCCUUCGGUGAAGAUGAUGACGACUUUGAGACCAACUGGUUACUAGAUCGUAACUUGCAGGUUUCAUUCCUGACCGUGGAUGAAAUGUAUGAGAAUUUUCCAGCCCUGGAGAAGGAUAAGUACUGGAAUGAUUCAGAACCACAGCCACCCUAUACCAUGGCAACAGUGGACCAUAAAAUACCAUCAUUCAUGGGCUCCACAUUUGACAUAAACAUACCAAAGGAGGACAUGGAAUUUGAAAUGCUAGGACAAAUUAAAGAGCAUGAAGAAGCAAACCACGCCACCAAUCUGGGUACUCCUGGACGACUACCCGGAAAGCUGUCGCCCAGACAUCCUUGUACUAGUCCGAAGGCAAACCUACUCAGAUUACACAGUGGGACACCUAUGAGCCACAUUCAACUAUGUUUGCACCAGGAAUCACCUCCCUCCUCCAAUAAAAAAUCCUAUACCCCAAAUUCAUCAUGGACGGGGGUGGUGGACAGCCCAAACCCAGACAAGACUACCGAUUUAGAUUUUGCCUUCAUGUCUGUGCCCUUCUGCAACAGGCCUGGUUUCUACAGCUGCCCUCCGACACCAAUCCACUCUGUGCCAAUGUUUCCAUGUUCUUCAAGAUCCAAGCAUUCUACAGCAAGUGGGAAAGUAGGGCAAGAAUUACAAUGCAGUACUGGUUCUCUCUGUCCACCGAUUUUAACACAAACAAGUUUCAUUGAUAUUCCAGAUACUACAAACAUGGGGCUUAAUUCUUUGAUGCUAAAUGAAGAGAAUGAGUCAAUAUCAGGCCAAGGAACUCUCCAUUUCCUAAAAAAGACUCAAGCCAAGGAUCCAUCAUCAUGCACUCAAGUAAGCCCAACAAUUGUAGAAUUACAAUCUGAUGAAGUCAACCUACAGUUUUGUUUUCCUGAAGGCCCAAAAAAUCUUGAAAUUGAGCACCCCAAAGGGCUAAUGGCUCGCAGACAACCUAGAUGGACACUGGAAAACCUACCUUUAGAGAAGAAGUCUCUGUCCACCAGGGGGUUUCAAACACAAGCUUUGGUUUAG